AUGACCAUUGAAAAAUAUGUGCUAUUGUACUGAUAUCAUAUGAAUGUUUGUUUUAUUAUUAACUGGCUGUUGUUACAUUCUCGAAACGGGUAGGAUUUUGAUUUAGGAUCACAAUGCCACUUGCACUGCAAUUGUUCCAGAGCCCUCUAGAACCCAUGCAAGUAGAUGCAGCUCCAGAGGAGAACGAUAAUGUGGAACCUGAACCAUAUAUUGUUGAAAACACCACUCUGGACCUUGAGAUAUAUGCUGUAAGUUAUACUGGGCUAGCUAAACUAAAUCGCCUAAUGUAUAUUGCUGAUCAUUGUCCGCCGCUGAGACUGGAGGCUCUCCGUAUGGCAUUGCAACAUGUCCAAACAACAUACAAUACAACCAUAUAUCAGCAGAUGCAUAGGAAACUGCAGGAAGCCAGUGCAGCUGCACUGCCCGAUGUAGCGGGAGGGGCAGUCCAAUAUACCCCUCCUUCUCAGGAGUGGAUUGAUCAGACGUCUAAGAAGGCAGCCCUUAAGUUGGAGAAACUUGACACAGAUUUGAAAAACUACAAAAGCAACUCGAUCAAGGAGAGCAUAAGAAGAGGUCAUGAUGACCUAGGAGAUCACUACUUAGACUGCGGUGACCUGAGCAAUGCACUGAAAUGCUACUCACGUGCUAGGGACUACUGUACUAGUCCAAAGCACGUAAUCAACAUGUGUCUAAAUGUGAUCAAGGUGAGUGUUUAUCUGCAGAACUGGUCACACGUGCUCACCUAUGUCAAUAAGGCAGAAGCUACACCUGAGGUCACUGAUGGAACACAGCAUGUGACUGCCGGUAAGGACAGUACACCAGUGAUGACAAAGUUGAAAUGCGCAGCUGGACUUGCGGAACUGGCCACGGGAAAGUACAAAUCUGCUGCAAAGUACUUUCUGCAGGCUAACUUUGACCACUGUGAUUUUACAGAGUUACUCUCCCCGAGCAAUGUGGCCAUGUAUGGAGGACUGUGUGCGCUGGCGUCGUUUGAUCGACAUGAAUUGCAAAAGAACGUCAUCUCCAGCAGUUCCUUCAAGCUGUUUCUGGAGCUAGAGCCACAGCUUAGGGACAUUCUCUACAUGUUCUACGAGUCGAAGUAUGCAUUCUGUCUGAAGCUACUCACCGAGGUCAAUGACAAUCUUAGACUGGACAUGUACCUCGCACAUCACGUCAACACUCUGUAUACCCAGAUCAGGAAUCGAGCGCUCAUACAGUAUUUUAGUCCUUACCUCUCCGCCGACAUGAACAAGAUGGCGACUGCGUUCAAUACGUCGCUACCAGCGCUGGAGGAUGAACUGAUGCAGUUGAUUCUAGAUGGACAGAUCCAGGCACGCAUCGACUCUCACAACAAGAUUCUGUAUGCAAAGGACACGGACCAGCGUAGCACUACGUUUGAGAGGUCACUUGCAAUGGGCAAGGCCUACCAGCGAAGAACCAAGGCAUUGGUCUUGCGCUCAGCGAUGUUAAAGAACCAAAUCCAGGUGAAGAGUCCUGCCCGAGAGGGUGGCCAGGGAGGAGAAAUGAGCCUCACACCAGGAAGCGGGACGUCCUCUAGCAGAAACUAAUGCAAUGCAGCAAGACGAUUCAUCGUUUAGAACAUGGGAGUGUAUGGAACAGGGCUGCAUGUGCAUAUUUAUUAACCAUGUUCUCAGUGCCUGCGGGAGCUCGCACGAGAUCGUUCGUAACAUCACGCUGUGUGUGCCCCGUGGAUGGAGGCAUUUGCUGUUUGUCUCCCCAUACUGCAUAAGAUUAUUGACGUUACCCCCAGUUUAACAGUCGGUAGUGAAAAGGUAACUAAAGGUGGCUUUCCUUUGUGGGGAAAUUGUGACUUCAGAGUAAAUUUACAGCUUCAUGGAUAUCAUUUGGUCUAUUAUGCCAGUAUGGUACUUUGUCAUAUAAUAUUAAAUAAUUUAAUAAUAUGCGAUACCAGUGGUUUAUAAAGUUGCCUUUGUUGUUUUGAGAGCCUCUCGCAUGCAUAACAUACCAAACAUGAUCAGUUGGGGUGUUCAACUACCUUGAAAAGUUGCGAUGCGUUUUAUAUAAUCGUUAUAUUUUCGUGUUUACAUAUUAAUCAUGGCCAGUCGGAAUGAGCAUCAAAUACUGGACGUGCCAUCUAUUACACGAGUUAAAGAUGUUAACCAACUAGCUUUGCCUUGCAUUGAACGAAAUACUUCAACUGAUCUGCUGCUCUCCUAGUGACCGUGAUAGUAAUAAGUUAAUUGCCGACCUUUUGUUUAUUCAGUUUGUAUCUGAGGCUAUUGUUCUGCUAAAAAUGUGCUGGUUAUCCAAUUAAAAAUUGUUUCGAGAAAGAUGGCUUCGCAACACUGGUAUACUGGCAUAAAACGUAUAUUGCAAGAGAAAUGGUGUUAUACGCAAUUACUCAAGAAGUUCUUUAGGAUAAUAUAACUUUUAUUACAAACAUCACUGGGA